GGCUGGUGCCUGGAAGCAGCCUGUCCCAUACAUACGGACACCCACCCACCCCCAGUUUGCAGCCUAGACAUCACGGUGGGGGGGGGGAACCUAACGGGAGCAGGAGCUUAGCUCCGGAUUGACACCUGGUUUGGAGCUUGCCGCGGGAGUGCGAACACCUAUAUUUUGUCCGUUCCUGGAUCCAGCUACAUUUUGGAGAAGCCAGUUUAAGAGCUGGAUCCUUGCUGCUACAACUGACAAGUUUUUUUUAAAAAGAGAGACAUCAAGCUGCCUGUGGGAGUCCAGUGAGUCAGGAGAAGAGAAAUAGUGAGGCUUCGGAGAGUAUCACUGCUCGGGGGAGCUGUGGAAUGGCAGCUUUACACAGCAUUGGCACCGCGCUCCUACUACUCUUUGUGCCCCAGGUUUCCAGCAGCGGUACAUUCGAGUUGAGGAUCGAGGAGUUUGAGAAUGCCAGGGGUUUGUUGGCGGCUGGCAGUCACUGUAUGCCGGCCUGUCGCACCUUCUUUCGGGUUUGUCUGAAGCACUUCCAGAAGGUGGUAUCCCCCGAGCCCUGCACCUACGGCAGUGUGCUGACCUCGCUCCUGGGCAGCAACUCGUUCAGGGUGGCAGUGAACCAGAGCCCGGUCAGGCUGAACUUCACCUUCAAGUGGCCGGGAACUUUCUCUCUGAUAAUCGAAGCCUGGAAUUCUCCCUCUAACCUGCCGAGCCCCAAUGUCACCAGCCCUGAGAUGCUGAUCAGCCGUUUUGCCAUCCAGAGACACCAGCCUGUGGGCAUGGCCUGGUCACAUGAUGUCCUUCGCGGGGAUCACACCCAACUACACUACUCGUACAGGGUGGUCUGCAGCCACCAUUACUACGGUGAUGGAUGUUCCGACUACUGCCGGCCCAGGAAUGAUACCUUUGGACACUACACCUGUGGCCAGGAGGGACAACGCCUCUGCAUGGUUGGCUGGGAGAAUGAAUACUGUGCACAACCGAUUUGCCAGCCUGGGUGCAGCACAGAACACGGGUACUGUGACCGACCAGGCGAGUGCAAAUGUCACUUUGGAUGGCAGGGGCCUUUGUGUGAUGACUGCAUGCAUUAUCCAGGAUGUCUACACGGGACCUGUCAACAGCCCUUUCAGUGUACCUGUAAGGAAGGAUGGGGUGGCCUCUUCUGUAACCAGGAUCUCAACUACUGCACCCACAACAAGCCGUGCCGGAACAAUGCAACUUGCACCAACACAGGCCAGGGCAGUUACACCUGCACCUGUCAGCCCGGCUACACUGGCAAAAAUUGCCAAUCGGCCAUUCGCAAAUGUGACAGUAACCCCUGCAGCAACGGGGGUACCUGCACGGAACUGGAUGACAGUUACAGCUGUUCAUGUCUACCUGGCUUUAUUGGGCAGCACUGUGAGGACAGCACUCUGACCUGCACUGAUUCCCCCUGUUUCAAUGGUGGCUCCUGCUCUGAGAGAUCUGAGGGGACCCAUUACACCUGUACUUGCCCCCUGGGGUUUACUGGCUUAAACUGUGAGCAGAAAGUGGACCGCUGUACCAGCAACCCUUGUGCAAACGGAGGCCAAUGCUUCGAUCUGGGGCUGUCGAGAAUGUGCCGUUGUCAGGCAGGCUUUGCUGGACAAAGAUGCGAGAUCAAUGUGAAUGACUGCGCCAGAAGCCCAUGUGCCAACGGAGCCACCUGCAUCGACCACAUCAACAACUACACGUGUGCGUGCACAGCUGGUUUCUCAGGCCGGGACUGCAGUCAACCGCUGGGGGAUGAGUGUGACUCCAGGCCAUGCCACAAUGGCGGGACGUGCCACGCUGGCGUAUAUGGCAAAAGCUUUGUGUGCCAAUGCCCAUUCAACUUCAUGGGUUCACUAUGCGAGAUCCCUGUAUUUCCCAGUCCAUCACAAAAGCGGCAGCAGCCACCAAACCCCUUCCCCUGGGUGGCUGUGUCGUUGGCCUUUGGACUGAUGGCUUUUGUCAUGUUGCUGUGUAUCCUAGGCAUCGCUCUGAGGCACAUGCAAAGACCUCAUGGGGGGCAGCACCGAGACACCGAGACCAUGAACAAUCUGACUGAGUCCCAAAGGGACAAUCUGAUCAUGGCGUCCCAGCUCAAACUUACCAACAAGAAGGUUGAUCUGGAAACAGACUGUAUUAUGGAGAAGACUAAUUACAAAGACAGGAACUAUGCCUUGGAUUGGAAUUUAGCUACAGGCCUCAAGGCUGAUCUGUCCCAAGAACUCAAAUGCCAUAAAAAUCACAAAUGUAAAAAAGAGGAAAGCUUGCCCCUCAGAAACUCGUGUAGUGAAAAGCUGGCAUGCAGAAUAUCCACGAUAUCAAGUGCCCAGGACCUGAUGUACCAGCCGGUAUACCGGACUGCUGAGGGCAUGCUGCAGGAUGUCAUCACUGAGGUUUAAGGCUGCAAUGCAAGAGAUACUACAGUCUGCCUGGGGUCUCCCAGUCUGUCUGUUUACACAAAGUGGGACUGCUAUUCUAUUUAUUCACAACUUGCUAUUGGGAGAAAUGUUUGAAAAGUGGAAGCUGUGACUUUGCGAAGGACCAGCUCUGGCUCAGUUUCUGAAUGGCAUGUGAUGGUGAAAAUCUCUCUGGAGCCUUCAGCCCAGUGAACUGCUGCUGUUAGUGGAGAAUUGGAGAUUUGAUAGACUUUGGGACCAGACUGGUCCCAUUGAUGCAGUGUCACAGACGGAAUAUAAAGUUCUCUCAGUGUGCCGAGUCUCUGCAGGAGAAGAUGCUGAGUGUGCUGAUUUAAUGCUGGUGUCUGAGAGCAACUGUUGUUACUGGAGAUGCAGAUUCAGUGUGAACACAGACAAACACAGGAGUGUGAUCGAACGCAAACUCACGAAGCGGUUCCUAUUUAUUAUUUUUGAAGAGUGGAGUGUAUUUAACUGGGCCUACUUUAACCCUAAGGCUCACUCAAUGACUGAAAAAGGCCAGGUAAUGGAAUUGAGAUAAACCACAGACAGCAGCACUUAUUGACGGAUCCAGGGCCCACUCCCCUACCCUUCCACAUCGGGAUUGGAUCAACACUCUCACAGGGAGCAGACAGGGAGCAGAGCCUCAUGUACAGACUGCUCAUUGCUGUCCCUUAAAUCAAAGACCAAGACUAUCAAUAAUGUUAUUUUUUUUAAGGUUGGGUAUUUCAUAAUUAAUUUAAAUGUGAAGCACUGAACUUUAUACUUUUAUAAAAUUAUUUUGUAUAUAAUGUAUAUUUAUAAAUGCCUUCACAUGUAAAUACACUUACCACUUCACCUAUAGUUUCAAUUUCUUUGCAAAGUUUGAAUUUAU